CGACCGUCAGUCAGCCAGUACACCAUCAGCCACCAACCACACCUUCCCGGGGUUGCUUCGACGCCGUCGAUUCUUUUUUUAACGGAGAAGAGACGCGACGUCUGGACCGCUGCAGCACUGUCCCGAGUAACCGCGGAUUGCUAACUUCCGACUUGCCCAGCUUCGUUGCACCCCUGUAGCAAAACGUCGGCACAGGUGGAGAAAUCGAAAAGAUAUAACUAUACGGGAGAAGAUAAAAAUCUAAGGAAAAUGGAAAUAAAAGGGCGAGUUGCCCUAAUAACAGGAGCCGCAUCCGGCAUCGGUAAAGCGUAUGCCAUCGAACUAUUGAAUCAGGGUGCCAAGGUGACUAUAUGCGAUAUAAACACCGAAGAAGGAGAGAAACUGGUGGAAACAUUAGCCGCAAAACACGGCAAAGAUCGCGUAAUCUUCUCGCAGUGCGACGUCACGGAUUAUCCACAAUUCGAAGAAUCGUUUCAGACAACGAUCGCGGAAUUCGGUCAUAUUGAUAUCGUUAUCAACAAUGCUGGUAUCAUGAAUGACCGGUUUUGGGAGCUUGAAGUAGACAUUAAUCUCAAUGGAAUAAUACGCGGCACUUUGCUUGCUCAACGAUUUAUGGGUACCGAUAGGGGUGGCCAGGGUGGAGUCGUCAUUAAUACUGGCAGCAACACUAGCAUUAACCCUUACGUCAGCGUGCCAAUUUAUUCCGCGACGAAAGCAGCUAUUGUCAGCUUCACUAGAGCUUUUGGGGAUCAAUAUCACGUAGAUUUGACGGGCGUUAAGGUGAUGGCACUUUGUCCGGGUGCCACAGAUACCAAAUUGGUACGUGACGUCAACAGAAAGCUUCUUUUGGCUCGAUACGAAGAUGCCUGGCAAAAGGAUAUAGUUUCGUCAAUUCCUCAAAGGACGGAACACGUGGCGAAGGCGUUGGUGCACGUGCUGAGCACCGGCAAGAGCGGAAGCGUGUGGAUGGUGGAGAAGGACCAGCCGCCGCACGAGAUCAGCUUUACGAAGCACUAAGAGGGUCCCGCGAGCGUGUGCAAUGAUUCUUCCUCGCUUCGCUGCAUAUAUCUAUGCCGUACCGCACAAUUAACUGUAAUUUGUAUCGAGGUAUAUAUCCCGUCGCGCGCCGUCAAAAAGGCGGAAACGCGAGUGAAACGUAUAUAGCUAUUCGUACUUUCGUACCAAAAUAUUUGGAAGACCAAUGCGUUUUUUAUUCUCUUUUAACAAUAAUUUUUUUAAUGCAUGAUUCUUAAAGUUUUAAUCAUCCACUUCCGACUUUUGAUAGAAGGCGAUUUUUUUUAUACGUUUCAUACCACCGCGCCAUAACGGAAACCCGCGAAACCAGAAUGCGGCGAGUCCUCGGAUUCGAUAAUUACGCGAUAGAUAUAGUCGCAAUAUUUAACAAAAAAAAAAGUAAAAAGAGCUGCCGUACGAUCGACGCGGGAUACGCGUCGCGACGGUGGGAACAUUUAUUGCCAAAAAGAAAACAAUGUAAAACAAUGUAAAAAAAAACAACGGCUUUCGCUUCCGUCCCGCAUCCGCGUUGCGAGUUCGCGUCGGUUUUUGCACAGGCCUCAACAACCAUCAACAACGCUUGUCAGCCAUGAAUUUUCGCGCUCGAGGGAAAUUCUCCGGAGAGAUUUCUGGGCGUUGUGCGGACACCUGUAUGUUGCACCGACGAAAAUUGUAACGCAACGACAUUUAGAUCCUGCCGCAUUCCGUGACCGUCGCGUGACUUACUCCAUUUUUCCAACGCGAUAAAAUAUAGACGAUUUUUUAACGCCAUUCCGUUUAAUAACGCUACAUGUAAUGUAAUCGCGUUUCAUCAGGUCAAAUAUAAUAGAGACACACACUUGGUAUUUAUUGCUUGUACGAGGAAGAAGGGGGAAGAGCGUAUGAAAGAGAUAGAAUGAAAGAAAUAAGAAUUUAUUUUCGCGCCCUCGAAGCGUACAAAAAAGAAGGGAGAAAGAUUACAUAUACGUUUCUUAUAAUGACUAAUGCAAGUAACUCUGUGGAUCGACAAAAGCUACCCUUCAUGAAAUUUCGCAAAUCUAUUAAUUACAUAUUAAACAAGAAAUAAAAUAAUUCAUUUAAUUAAAACAAAAGUAAAAUAUAAUAAGUUAAUUAAAAGCAAGUGUAAAACACGAUCAGAUAUAAUUUUCGUACUAAACAUAUCUGCGAAUUAAGAUAAAUGUUAUUAAAAAUAUUAGAGUAACCGGACUGAUAGAGUUAGCUCGUCUUACAAAAAUAUGUUGUUUGAAUAAAUUAACUUAAUUAUUAAAGAGAAUGGACAAUCUAAAAUUUUAAGAGCUUGAUCACAAAAAUUGAGAAUUUUAUUUGUGCCAAUUUUCACUUCGAAGUUCGAUGACACGAGAUGUUCCGAGAGUUAUCUGCAUCAGUCACCUGUAACCGCGAAUGCGGCGAUUAAACUGAAUUCCGUCGGACGAUUACUUCACAAAUGAAGCUAUAUAUCUAAUCGUGUCCAUAAUUUUUCUACAGUAUUUUGAGGGAGACAAAAAUAUUAGAGACGGUGUAGCGAGAUAGAGUUAGAAUCUGUAGCCUAAGUGCAAGCACAACACUCUUAAACGUGAUCACGUUUUUUCGAUAUUAGGUAUUAGGAAUAUCACGGGGCAAUUUGUUCGAUGUGCAAUUGCAUUCAAUUGCACAUAUGCAUAUGUGCAAAGCUCGGAUCGGUACAUCGGUCAGAUGUCCAGCUAGUUAGUGAGUUUUGUUUUCGGAUAAUAUCGCCCGUUCGAGUAAUCCUUUAUUGUAGUUUUCCAUCGGUGAAACGAUCAGUGGCGAUUUCGUUUUUGUUAUGCGUUACAUGAUAUGUACGUUGCUAAUCUCGCCAAUAAAAUGCAUUGCCUUUUAAUAAAAUCAAUGGACCAGCGCGA